AUGUACAGUGCCGUCCUGGUUCUAGCGUGUCUGCUCUCGGCAGCCUGCUGCCAAUCCACCGGCUUCGACUCUCGAGAAGCCACCAUCGACUCCGUCCACCACAGCCUCUUCAGUGGACUCCACAGUUGCAGGAAUGUCGUCUCGUCCUUCGUCAGCCGGAUCGAGGCCACCAACAGCCAGAUCAAUGCUAUCAUAACGCUGAACCCCGCGGCCUUGUCAACAGCAGAUGAUCUCGAUGACCUUCUGUCAGCCGGCAAUGCCACAGGCGCUCUGUUCUGCAUCCCCGUCCUGCUGAAGGACAACUACGACACUUUCGACAUGCCCACUACAGGCGCCAGUCUGGCUUUGGCUGGCUCGCAGCCGUCAGUCGAUGGGCCUGCUGUGGCAGCUUUGCGGCGUGCCGGGGCUGUCAUUCUUGGAAAAGCGAAUCUGCAUGAACUGGCGCUGGAGGGGUUGUCGGUCUCUUCGCUUGGUGGGCAGACCGUCAACCCGUACGAUAGCACACGGACGCCGGGAGGUAGCUCGGGAGGCUCAGGCGCGGCUGUUGCGGCCUCCUUUGCCGUGUGGGCGACGGGCACUGAUACUGUGAACUCGCUGCGCAGUCCUGCGUCUGCGAAUUCGCUGUUCAGCAUCAGACCAACCCGUGGCCUGAUCUCGCGUGCUGGGGUCAUCCCUAUCUCUUAUACGCAGGACACCAUCGGGCCCAUCGCACGCACCGUCAAGGACGUAGCGAUCGCCCUAACUGUAAUGGCAAGCGUCGGCUUCGACCCCACCGACAACGCCACAGCGCUCGUUCCCGCCAGUUCCGUCGGCAUCGACUACGCCGCCUCCCUAACAACCAGCACUCUAGCAGGCAAACGCCUCGGCGUCCUCAAUGGCUUCUACAACCGUACAGCGGGCAACGAGACCACUCCCGUGAACGCCGCCAUGGACGCCCUACUCUCCCGCCUCCGCACCGCCGGCGCAAUCCUCGUCCCCAUUAACGAAACUAUCUACAACGCGACCGCCAUCGCCGCGGCCCUCGACACCCAGCGCUUCGAGUACCGCGAGCUCAUGGACGCAUAUCUCAGCUCCCCGGCGCUCGGCGGUGCCCACCCCGCCACAUUGACCGACCUGUACGCAACCAACAGCACAGGCGCCAACGGCUCCUUCCUUGUCAUCCCCGCAGAGUACGAAUACGUGACCACAGCCCUGAGCUCCUCGACCGCCAACACCACCUACGCUUCCGUGCAGCAGGGGAUCAGGAACCUGACCCUCGCGCUCCAGGCAACCUUUACGCGGAACCAGCUAGAUGCGAUAGUCUACCCAGAGCAGAAGAACCUAGUCGUGAAACUUGGCGCGCGCAGCCAGAGCGGCCGGAACGGCAUCCUAGCCGCGCUGACGGGAUUCCCGGUCGUGACGGUGCCGGCUGGGUUCAGUGAGGCGAGCGAGGAAGCGCCCGUGGGUGUGCCGAUUGGGAUGGAGAUUUUGGGAAGGCCGUGGGGGGAGCGGGAGUUAUUGAGUAUGGCCUACCAGGUUGAAAGGCUUACGAGGGUGAGGAGGGCGCCAGCGUUGGCGAGAGAGUUCGUCGAGGCGAGGGCGUAUGAAGAGGUGCCGAUAAUUACGCCAAACAGAGGGAAUACUCCGGCGGCUUAUCCGGUUGGGACGCUUGGAUGA